CGGGGAUGCGCAUGAUAGAAGUGGCUCCAUGAAAACAGAUGGUGCUAAUGUUGACGAGGAAUCUGAUGGUGACAAUGAAGACGAACAGGAGAUUAGUGAUGAAAAAGAUGAAUAUGACGCUGAAGCUUAUGGAUUAGAAGACCAUUUGGAAGGUAAAAUCUUCACAGAUACAGGAUCCUAUAAACCAGCUAGAACAGACAGAAAAAGAGACAAAAAGACAAAGAAGGUCAAAUCAAAUAAACAUCCAUACAAACCAGAUAAUUCAGAAGAUGGCAAUAAUUAUGACAAGAAUGCUGAUUCUAGCUAUGCGUAUAAACCUAAAAAGCGCAAGAAAUCGAAGAAGCCUAGACGUAAAGAAAUAGAUUAUGAUACAGGGAAGAAUGAUGCAGAGUCAUACAAUGAUGAUUAUGAAUAUGAUUAUAAACCAAAGGAAUACAAUUAUGAACCGAAUGAGAAUAAUGACAAUGAUGACCGUCCACGAGCAUACAAACGUAAAAAGUCGAAGAAAGUGAGGAAAAGCAGAAAGGGAAAAAGAAGAAGACAAGGUGAUUCAGAAUCUAAAUAUUCUAAAACAUACGAUUAUGAUGAUGACGAGGAGGAGGAUGGUGAUGAUGAUUACAAACCAAGGAAACGGCGUAGGAGUCCCUCGAAGAAAACUAAAAGGACAAAGAAAAAGUAUACACCAGAUUAUAGUUACACUUAUGAUGAGUAUGCUGAUCGUUACAAUAAUGACAACCCCGAAGUAAAUAACCAGAACGAUGAAGAUGACAGUAAGUCUGAUGGCUCUAGUGACAACGAAGCUGAAUAA